GCACCCAUAGAGAAUGGCGGGCUAGAGUGACUUUCGACACCAGGCUACUCUUCGCUGAUGUGCGAAGCCAAGUCAUUUAGGCCUCUCGCGCUUCCCGUAGACGUGAAAAAAAAAGUAACACCCUCUUUUUGGAUCUGCUAUCGAAGGGAGCCAAGCAAAAGCAAUGCGGGAAUCUACCACUUGAAAGUGUGAGGAGGGGAGUCGAGGCUCCUCUUUGAAGAGAAGGGAUUGAAACUUUGACUAUUGGGGAUUUUUUUCUUACUGUUUGCCCAGCCUUAUGGAUUGUGGAGUUCUUGAGGCCCAGCUUACCCUGCACCAUGCGGUGUCUCCUCGUCAGCCAGGACAAGCGUCAUGAUCCCAUUGUGCUGCCUGAUGCUAUAACUGUAAUUCUGGGCAGGGGCCCCGAGUCACGAGUCACGGAUAAGAAAUGUUCUCGGACACAAGUGGAAUUGCUGGCAAACUAUGCCUACCGAUCAGUUCGAGUCACACAGCGAGGGGUGAACCCUACAUCGGUGGAGGAAAUACAUCUGCGUUGUGGGGACAGCACAACACUCCAGGAAGGAGAGACUCUGUUCUUGGUGAAUAGAUUGUAUCCAUACCACGUUCGUUUUGAGCAAGAUCCCAGCUCCCCAAAGAAAAACCUGCUACAUUUCUUCAGUCCCAAACGCCCUCUGAAAGAAGAGGAGGAGGUGGAGGAGAAGGACAGAAAGGCCCAGACAGCCAAGCGAAUCAAGUCUUCCUCCCCUUCUGAGGAUGAGGAAGAAGACGAAGAUGACCCCCAUGUGACUGAGAAACUAAGGCAGUUGCAGGAGACGGCAGCUCUGGCAGAAGAGACCCAUCCAUCGCCCCAGAAACAGCCUGCCUAUCAGAUGGCUCCCCAGCCCCGUGACUCCUGGGAGGACCAUGGCAAGCUCCUGGUCUUUACAAAGAAAGGAGUGGUGCCCAGCUCCAAAGUGGCAGGCUUUGAUCUAGAUGGGACUCUCAUCACUACUCAAUCUGGGAAAGUGUUCCCAACCAGCCCUGAUGACUGGAGGAUCCUGUACCCUGAAGUCCCCCGUAAGCUGAAGCAGCUUCAGAGUGAGGGUUAUAAGCUUGUGAUCUUCACCAACCAGAUGGGCAUUAGCCGUGGACGUCUAAGGCCUGAGGUUUUUAAAUCAAAAGCAGAAGCUGUGAUUGAGCGGCUGGGGGUUCCACUGCAGGUCUUUGUGGCAACUGGCGCUGGCAUUUACCGUAAACCUGUCCUUGGCAUGUGGGAUCAUCUAUGUGAGAAGGCAAAUGGUGGCUUAGCAAUAUCUUUGCAACAAAGUGUCUAUGUAGGAGAUGCAGCCGGGCGUCCAGCAAACUGGGCCCCUGGACAUAAGAAGAAGGAUUUCUCUUGCAGCGAUCGCCUGUUUGCUCUGAAUGUUGGGCUGCCCUUCUACACGCCUGAAGAGUAUUUUCUAGGCUGGAAAAAGGCACCAUUUGUACUCCCCAAUUUUGACCCGAGGACUCUAGAUCCCAAAGCGCGCCUUUAUGACCCUCCAGAAGCAUGUCUGACUUCAUCCUCCUCAGAACUGGUUGUAGCUGUUGGCUUCCCUGCUGCUGGCAAGUCAACUUUUUUGAAGAAACAUUUGGUCUCUGUUGGUUAUGUCCAUUCCAACCGAGACACACUUGGUUCCUGGCAGAAAUGUGUAGCUAUGUGCCAGGCAUCACUGCAAGCAGGGAAGCGUGUAGUAGUGGACAAUACCAAUCCUGACCUGGAAUCAAGACAGAGGUUCAUUGAGUGUGCUAAGGAGGCGGGUGUUCCCUGCCGUUGUUUCCUCUUCACUGCGUCAUUGGAACAAGCUAAGCAUAACAAUAGAUUUCGGGAGAUGACGGAAAAGGGACACGUGCCUGUCAAUGAUAUUGUUCUGAACACUUACAAGAGCAAGUAUGUGGAACCAUCACUAGAAGAAGGUUUCUCUGAAAUCCUCAAGAUUCAUUUUGUACCUCAGUUUGCAGACUCUCAAAAGGAAUCACUUUACCGUCUAUUUUCGGAAGGAUGACAGCAAACCCACAGGACAUCAGCACCCUGGCCCCAUUACUAAACACCAUGUCCGACCUGGUCUUUUGGAAAUGCACUGCCUUUGCCUCAGAAGGCAUGAAUCUGAAGUGUUUGAGCUCCCCCUGCUGGUCAGAGGGCAACCUUGGUUUAAGCAUGAUUUCUUUGGAAUAUUUUUUUGGAAGUAAUGCAAAAUAAAGGUUUUGAAACCCAAA